CUCCACCACCUCCUGCUCCUCUUCCGUCGCCGUCUGCCUCUCCUGUUCCGCUUCUGUCGAUCGCGAUUCGUCGCACUUGCCGACUACUACGAGGAUACGUCGCGAGGAUGAGAUCCGGCGGUACCCUUCCCCCGUCCCCGGCAGUAGGGCAGCCGCCGCGGUACCGUAUUCGGCGGACGCUGCCCACGGCAGAAAAGCUGCCAAAAGCUUAGGAUGCACUACACAAUAGCGACAUUACCACCGUGCACGGCGGCCAUCUUCUUGGUCUCUGCUCGCCGACUGGCCCAGAGGGCAGCCGCCAAUCGGACAAGUUUCUGCCCUGCGAGUGCGAGUGCGUGCCAGUACUGCCAGUGCCGUCGUCCACCCCCCACCCCCCAUUCGACUCACACCACACCGUCGAGUCUCGACUUCUACCGUCUCCAACCCUCUACCGCUGCGGCGCCUCUAUCUCUCUUCUCUUUCCUUCUCUCUCUCGUCCCCGCGAUCCUCCGCUAAAGCCACGGGGCUUAUUACCGAGCCCCCCUUCCGCAGUGGAGCGCGACACAGACGACCGACAUCGGUUAUGGAGUUAUGGAGGCCGCGGAACCAAGUACCGAUAAUUCGCCAAACUGCGCCACGGCGAUCCUCGCGUGCCUCGCGCUCUCGAUCGUCUACGUGGCGAGUCUCUAUGUCUGGAGUUCGCCGCACAACAGAGAGCAUCCAUCGACCAUAAAGAAACGAUUUUUUAGCGUAUUUAUUAUGACUCUUGUUUCGCCGAUAUCCUUGUACUUUGGAUUAAAUGAUAAGAUACUUCAAAAGAUAACCAUUUGGGAAAUAUUGGGCCUUCGAUGGACGGGUCUAAUACAGGCGACUGUGAUAUCGUUGCUCCUAACGAUGAUCCUGUUCCUAGGUCCCUUGAGUUUACAGGGAUUCAGUGGGCUAUGGCGAUUGUACACCGAGCCCAUGUAUUGGCUGGCGAGCGUACAAACUUUAACUUGGUGGAGAAAUCAAGUGGUCGCUCCAUUAUCCGAGGAAUGGACCUUUAGGGCUUGCAUGUUGCCGUUACUCCUGCAAUGCUUCACCCCGACUACUGCCAUAUUCGUGUGCCCUCUAUUCUUCGGGGUGGCUCACUUCCAUCAUGUAGUGGAGAGAGUAAAGAUGGGAAUGAGCAUCAAACACGCAUUGUUUAUAUCUUGUUUUCAGUCUACGUAUACGACGUUAUUUGGAGCAUACGCGGCCUUUCUUUUUGCGAGGACAGGACAUUUUGUUGCACCAUUUGUUGCGCAUUCAUUCUGCAAUCACAUGGGAUUUCCUGAUCUUUCUGAGAUAGCAGCAUACAAGAAUCCAUUGAAAAGAGCUGGAUUGAUGUGUCUGUUUGUGAUCGGUUUGAUCGCCUGGUGUUACUUGUUGAUGCCGAUGACUCAUCCAUCAUUGUUCAAUAAUAAUUUAUUCUGGACUAAACACUUUAUAUGAGACACGUCCGAUCUCUAACAAAUAUUAGGAUAUAACAAAUACUAGGGUUAAAUGUUUUUAUGCAGAAUUUACCGCAAUUAUUCCACCGAUCUUCCGGUUUACACACACAUUGUUGUGGAAUAUUUUAUAUUUAUGUUUAACAAAGAGUACAAUACUACUAUCUGUCGAAAAAUAAUGCAGAAAUUAACAUUACUCUAGACUAAUUUUAACUAUAUAUUCGAUAGAUUUUAACUAUAAUAUUCAUAUAGCUGUAAUUUAACUAAUCGUGCAGUUCGGCAUUGUUACAAAGUAUAUCACCGUAGUGCCUGAGAGUUAAAUUUUUAUAGUGGUGAUUACGAAUGUUACAACUGUUAGAUGAACUUGUUCGCAAAACCAAAAUGCGAAGAAUCCAGCUCUAAUUAUUAUUUACGAAUUGCUGCACAUACUUAUAUGCCGCAACAUUAUAUUAUUUCAUAACCAAUUCGUUAAAUGUUAUCGAUUUUCAGACACAGAGAAAGAUUUUUAUAAACAAAAAUUAUAAUAUAGAUUAUUAUAGAGUUAAUGUAACCUACUGAGAAAAUUUCUAAAACGAUCUUUCUAAUCGUCUACUUUUAUAACAGUCUCUAUGUAUAGUGUAUAUAAGAUGUCCAUAUAUAUAUGGCAGUGAUAAAUAUUCAAACAAUAAGUAUGCAUCUCCAUACAUAUACCAAUGGUUUAUUUAAAUCACAGAAGUAACGCGAUUGCGCAAUAAUAUUACUAUAAGUUUUAUAUAUGUAUAUGUACACUGAUGAACACGUAUACAUUAUAUAUGCAAUGAAGCUGUAAGUAUUUAUGUAUAUAAUGAGAGUACAAUUCGAUCUUUGAAUAUAUGUGUAAUCUUUUAAUUGCAUAUAUAAUGUAUACUAUUCUUUAACCAAGAAAUAAGUAAAAUCAACUUCUUAAAUAAUAUUCAGGAUAUAAAAUGUUGAUACAAUGUUGAAAUAAUGUUAAAUGUUUUACACUCGAAGCAAGAUCGCUAUAUAGAAAUUGAUAUACAUAUAAUGAUGACAUAAUGUUGGUCAACAUUACCGAUUUACAAUGUAAAUCUAUCAGAAUUCGAAACUAUUUGGUAAUCUUGUUUCGAGAAAUUAAAAUGAUGUGACAAAUAACAUGAUUCCGUGCAUGAUUCUACGCAUCUCGUAUUUGAUUCAUUUUAUAACAUUGAUACAGAAUAUAUAACUGAAUAUACAUAUAUACAUAAUAUAUAAACAAAAUGUUUAACUUAUAUUAUCUAUCAGUUCUUGAUUUUGUCAAAUAUCUCUUCCUUCCCUUAUCUUAUUAAACGAUAUACGAGCCAACAUAUAAAAGUUUACAUCGAACAAUAUCAGUAUCAUAAAAUCGAUCUCUCUUAAUAGCCAUUUUGCAAUAAAACAAAUAACAAUAAGUAGCAAGAAAAAAUAUAAUUAUGAAUUUCUAGACAUUUAUAGAAUUUUUUAAACAGUAAAUUUUAGAAAAAUUUUUGUUAUGAUGUCAACAACAAUAUUCUUGUGUAUAAUAUUCAAAAGCGAUAGUGAUGUUAUCAAGCUUUCUUAAAAAUAAUUUAAUAAAACAGUAUAUAUAUUUACGCACAAGAGCAAAUUUCUCUAUUAAAAUAAUGAUUUCAACAAUAAUGGCUACAGAGUUUAUAAAUGCAGUCAUAUCUUUCGUUACGUUAUUUUUAAAUUGCACUGUUUGAGUAGACAGAUAGCAAACUUCGGUCUCAUUACACAUUGAAAAUACAAAGAUGGCGAUUUAGGAACUAUGGCUA